AUGGCCGUCGGCAACAACGAAGACGUCGAAACAACCCCGGCCACGGAUCCGACGAUCAGUACCGUUGACUUUAAUCUCCAAAUUGGUGUCGAGGAGAUCCUCGUCGACGUUGACCCAGAUGUCUCCCUCGAGUUCCUCCAGAAGGCCGAGGCGCAUGCUGGCAAGCCGCCGCCGACAAGAGCACCCAAGGAAGCUCUUCUGCGCAUGCACAAUCGCUAUGUCGAGCAACAACGGAAGGCCAGUGAAGGAAAAGCCCCGCGAAUGGUGAAGAAAGUGGUCCUGGCUCUGGCCUAUCCGCCGUCAGGCAAGCCGAUUAAGGAUUUAUCCCCUAUCAGACUGGAUGAGCUUCUUGUAGAAACUCACCACGAAGACAAAUACCUGGUCGUCAAAGCGAUCUCUCCGCCUUACCAAGGUGCUGGGACGAUCACCGUGGUCGAAGACGAGCAUGGAAAUGUUGACAAGCUGGCGUUGUACAACCAAAGCACCUCCAACAUCCUUCAGUCCAUCCCAGAAGGAACCAUCGUUCUUAUCAAAGAACCGUACUACAAAUUCAGCGGGGAAAAUGAUUAUAUGCUUUGCGUCGAUCACCCAUCAGACAUCAUCAGGCUCCAGCAAGGCCGAGAUGAAUCCCUGAUACCAACUCCAUGGAGAGAGCCACAUGAGACCCGCGAGGCGGUGGACUGGGGAACUGCAGGUGACAGAGCCUUCAUGUCCAAGGAACUUCCGUUGGCGGCUGAAAACUAUACAAAGGCUCUCGAAGUGGCAGGUGACGCCGACCACUCCUUCCGGAGCAGCAUUUUCUUGAAACGUGCUAGCAUAAAUCUCACUCUCAAACGCUUCGAUGACGCAUUCUCAGACGCUCUUGCCGCGAUUGGAGGUUCCUCGGACUGGAAGGUUUACUUCCUUGCAGCGAGAGCUUCAUACGAACUUACCGACUUCCAAACAAGCAAGCAACACUUAGACUCCGCUCUUGCCCUCAAGCCACCGACGUCCAACGUGGAGAAGGAAUACGAACGAUGUCUUGCACGACUAGAAGAGGAGAAAGGCGUCUACAACUUUCCCGACAUGGCCAAAGACGUCACCCCAGAGAAUAUCCACAUCGACCGCGCCAGCUUCUUUUCAAGGACCGAGAUUAGAGACUCACCACACCAUGGGCGAGGUCUGUUCGCAACGGAGGAUAUCAAGGCGGGCGAGCUUGUCUUCGCGGAGAAGGCGACCAGCGUGCCCAACGAGUUCAACCCAGAGCACAACUCUGCUGCUGCAUAUGCCCAACUCAUCGAGCUCUGCGCAGACAAUCCCACCAUGCAUAAGAAGGUUCUCGAUCUCUAUGGUGGGACAUACAAGCGAUCCGGACUAGAAGGGACCGAAGUCGACGGCAAGCCUAUCAUCGACGUCUUCCUUCUCGAGUCGAUCCGAAGAAAGAACUGCUUCAGCGGUGCACACGUCUCUGCACAGGCCGCAAACGGGGAGUGGAACAUGUGGAAGGAUGGCAUGUCGCGCGGGCUUUGGGUGUACUCAGCUUAUGCCAACCACUCCUGCCUUCCAAACUGCAACCGGUCUUUUGUCGGAGACAUGCUUUUCGUCAGAGCUACCGUGGAUAUCCCGAAGGGCACAGAGAUUACGCACAUCUAUCUCCCGCCUAAAGCCGCGUUUCUUCUCCGUGUGCCGCAGUUCCGGAGGACGUGGGGCUUCGAGUGCAGCUGCGAUCUUUGUGACGGGGAGGCCAAAUCGCCAUUGGAGCAACACAAGAAGCGCGUCUCAGCGCUAGCUGAGUUGCAACGCACGAUCAAGAAGAAGAACCCGGUGAAGUUCCACCCCGACGCGACGAUUCGGCAGAUUGAGAGGAUGGCUGGCAAGCUCGCCGCUCUCCACGAACCCGAAGUCUACGACGAGUUGAAGUUGCCGAGGUUGAUGCUCGUCUGGCCGACGAUGUGGCUUAUCGAGGCGUUGUAUACGAGGAAGCAGUGGGCCAAGGUCAUCAAAUGGGGCAACGAGGUCUUCCGCAACUUUGGGUUCGUUGAGCCGGUUCGUGGGGAGAGGUUGUGGAUGUACAAGAACACGCAGGCCGUGACCACCUUUGAGGUCAUCAAGGCAUUGAAGUUGACUGCAGACGCAUACGAUGCUACUGGUCAAGGGGACUUGGCGAGAGACUGCAGAGAUGCGGCUAGAACCGGGCUGGUCUGUAUGGUGGGUUGGGUGACGGACGAGAGUUUUGAGGCGUUUAGAUAA